UUUGAUUGUAGAUGGUAACACCAGAUUGAAACCGAUAAACACACACUCUCUCUUUGUCUGUUUCUCACUGCCACCAAAAGGUACUACCCCUGCGACCGCAACCUGUCUUGGAGUGUGGGCGUCCUGCAUUACAGUGAUGAGGUGAAGAUCAUGAGUGAGCUCAUUAGCAUCCAUGAGGCUGGUGGUAAACCCAAGCUGAAGAAAGCCAUUCAGGACAUCCGCUACAUUGGCAAGGGCACGCACACUGACUGUGCCAUCUCAGCUGCGACAGGUCAACUUAUGACUGGCUCCCCCCUCCAAGGGAACAAAUACAUGGUUGUGGUAACAGACGGCCACCCUUUUGAUGGUUACAAGGAGCCGUGCGGGGGAAUCAGCUAUGCUGUCUCUGAGGCCCGGGGGAUGGAGAUCAAGAUCUUUGGGGUGGCCAUCACCCCCGAUCACAUGGACGAUCGCCUCAGUGCCAUAGCAACAGAUAUCAGGUACCGUUACAACCUGUCUGCCACCAGCAAUAACCCUGAGGUGGUGAGGAACACCAUAAACACCAUCGUCUCCACCAUUUACAAGGACUCGGAACCUUUGGGAACUCCAGGAAGACAAGGGGUUGCUGGGAAGCCUGGUAGUCUUGGAGCUAAGGGUACAGCAGGUGACCAGGGACCUCCAGGACACAGAGGAGAAAAGGGAGACAGUGGUCCAACUGGCGACAGAGGUCCAAGAGGCUCAUCUGGACAAAAGGGAGAGAAAGGGCAGAAUGGCGUGGAUGGAAAAGAUGGAAUGAUGGGGGAGCCAGGAAUGGUUGGCUUGUCAGGCUGCAAAGGAGAUGAUGGAACAGAGGGUGAGCCAGGCCCUCCAGGACAAAGAGGAGACCCAGGCUCAUUUGGAAGUCUGGGUGAAAAGGGAGAAACUGGACCAGCUGGAUCUCCAGGACUGCCUGGGGUACCUGGACCCACUGGAAAAAAGGGUGAUCCAGGCUCAUCUGGCACAAGAGGCAACAAGGGAGACAGGGGUGAUGAUGGUGAUUUUGGUGCUUCAGGGUCUCCUGGAUCAGAGGGUGGGAAAGGGGAGAAGGGUCUAAGGGGACCUCCUGGGAUCCGGGGCGGACCAGGCGAGAAGGGUGAAUUUGGGCCUCCAGGGGCCCAGGGACAUGAGGGCCCAUCGGGGGAAAUAGGAGCAGUGGGUGCAAAUGGAGUUUCUGGUCUUAAAGGUUACAAGGGAGAACCAGGCCCUGCAGGAUCUGAAAGUGUCAAGGGUUCCAGAGGUUUGCCGGGCCCCCCUGGAGAACGUGGUCCAGUAGGAGAGAGGGGAGAAGAUGGUGUUCCAGGUGAAGGUCAGCCAGGAUACGCAGGAUUCCAGGGAUUCCCUGGUCUAAGAGGACCAGCUGGAUCAAAGGGUAUCAGAGGCUUCCCAGGCAUGAAGGGGGAUGCUGGGCUGCCUGGAGACCGUGGUGAUGAUAACAACCUCCCAGGACAAGAGGGGCCCAUUGGACCGAGGGGAUAUCCUGGCUUAGAAGGAGAGCAAGGAACACCAGGACCAGUGGGACCCAGGGGUCCAGAUGAGUGUGAGAUUCUGGAGGUCAUUAAAAAACUAUGCUCUUGCUGUGAGUGCGAGUGUGGUCCAGUGAAGCUCCUGUUUGUGCUGGACAGCUCGGAGAGUAUCGGCCUCCAGAACUUCACUCUCGAGAAGGAGUUCAUCAUUCGUGUCAUUAACAAGAUCACAAAGCUCAGCAAGAACAAGAAUGAGCCUGGCUCUCGUGUGGGUGUUGUCCAGUACAGCCAUGAGGGGACGCAGGAGCUGGUGUCUAUGGGUGACCCCAAAAUCACCUCAAUCUCCCAACUCAAAAGUGCAGUGAAGAAUAUGCGCUGGAUUGCUGGGGGUACCUACACAGGUGAAGCACUGGACUUUGCUAGCAAGGCAUUUAGCAACUCCCAACUUGACCACAAGGUGGCGAUCGUGUUGACUGAUGGCAGGUCGGACACACGGGACACAAAGCCACUGUCAUCUUUGUGCAGCGUACCCAACAUCAGAGUGCUGGGUAUAGGCAUUGGCGACGUGUUCCGCAGGGCUCCUUAUCACACUAUGCUGGAGAAGAUAACCUGCCUGGAGACGUCCACACCAGGAGUUUACCUGAAGAUCCCAGACCACUCCCAGCUUCUGGAGGAGUCCCUCUUCGAAAAUGUCACCAGCUAUGUCUGUCAAGACAAAAAGUGUCCAGACUACUCAUGCCGAGCUGACUUCAAGGAGUCGACUGACAUCAUUUUCGUGCUUGAUGGGUCCUCCAGUGUGGGCCAGCGGAACUUUGAACGGUCAAGAGCAUUUGUGGGAAACAUGGCCGACCGGCUGCUGUCUGCAGACUAUUCCGGACACCUGCGCCUCUCGGUCGUGCAGUACAGCGGGGCCCAGCAGCAAAGAGUGGAAGUCUCCUUCACCAGCAGGGUGGAGGACGUGCUGACCCGACUCCAGUCUGUGCGUUUCAUGGACAGCGCCACAGACCUCCCGGCUGCCCUUGGCUUCUUAACCAGCACCGUGCAGAGAGAGGGUCGGCCCGGGGUUCCCAAGAAAGUGGUGAUCUUCACGGACGGGAGGUCUGUGUCCACCGCCCAAGCUGAUAUACCCAGGGCUGCUGCUGCCGCUCUGGGGCAGAACAUGCAGGUGUUCGCCCUGACUGUGGGAGAGAUUGUGAACGAGACAGGAGUGUGUCAGCUGGUUACCGGGCUGGCCAGUGGCUACAGUUAUGAGGCUGUGGACCGCAGAGUCCACCGACUGGCACACUACACUGACCUGGCCAGCCGGGUGGUCAUGCAAAGUCUCGCCAAAAAAUUGGUUAAAGCCUAAAUGGCUUUAACAUGCAGGCAUGUAUUAUCAUCUUAAUAACUACUGGUAUCAAAAUUGAGAAUGCUAAUAAAAAAAAUGCUAAUGAAAUAAUUCUGUGACACAGGCUGCCUUUUAAGGGUAACUUGUGACUGCAUACAAUGUAUUGAUGUGGUGUGUUUGUGCUUGUUAAAUACAGGAACUAGACCAUGAGAUUUCAUUUAUGCUCUAGACUAAUAAUUGAAUAACAGGUCUUACCUAAAUAAACAGUAUUUGAAAGUUGUUUUGCUUAUUGUGUGGUGAGUAAUACUAUAAUUUAAAUAUGAAAGAAAUAUUCAUUUGAGGUUUUGUGAUUUUAUAUAGAUACAUUUGCCUACAUGAAACCACUAUCAUCAUGGAUCUAUGAGUAACCCAUGAAAGAUAUUGGCAUGUAAAAAUACACUGGAAGACAGCAUUAAAUAAAUGUGAUGUGGAAAAAUAAA